UUACCAGGAGCCACCAGAGGAAAAAUCAAAAGUAGAAAAUAAAAACAAAAAAUCUGUGUGUUGGGAGAAGGAAGAAGCCAUGGGAACCCUCUUUGUGCAAUCAAAAUCAAAAUCCAGCACAUGGGAAGAAGACAACCGUGACAGCAGCUGCUACUUUCCUGGUUGCAAGAAAGAUGCCAAUUGCAAUUGCGAAAUGUGUUUGGCCAGCAUCAAUGCCACCCUCGAUCUCAUGCCCACCAGCGUCCAUAAAAGCACCCUCACUAAGCUCUCUAAAUCCAACAAAAACAACAACAAAGUUCUAUGUACUCCUAUCUCCUUCGAUGCCUCCGUUGUGUCCACUCCCCGGUCCAGUUCUUUUCAGCUCUCAUCAUCCACUCCUCUCUCCAAAUCAAGUUCCACAUCAGACUCCACCCACGAAAUGGAGAGGCAGAGCACGAGACAACAAACCUCUGCUUUCAGUUUCUCGAGACUGCUUCUCUUUUUUGGAUUCCUUCUAUCUGCGGACCUUGUUUUCUCCUAUGUGGUCUCUGGGGUUUUCAAGCCUGCUUUGUCGCCGCAUUUGGUAAAAAGGUUCGGUGAGAAAUGUAGCCGAGUGAAUGAUUUGAAUGGAAAGCUGAGGCUUUUGCACAAAGAUUUGGCAAGCGUGGUUGUUGGACAAGUUUCAAAUUGCAGUUUUACGGAUACCUCGUCUUGGGAAAUCAGCCAGGAUGAUCUGCUAUUGAAUUCAAGGUGUACAAUGUACAAAUCUCUUACAGAGGAGGUAACCAUUUGGGGAUGGCCUUUGCAAACAGCAGGAUUGCUCACAAAUGGAUUCUCUACUCGAACAUUCACUCUCUUAUCAGGAAGAGUCACUCAGUGGAAUAGUGGACAGGGAAGCUAUUUGAUUUUGAAGAGAAAUACUUCAUGGAUGCAACCAAAAUGGGAUGCUUCAGCAGUGCAAUUAGACCCCAACACUUGGAUUCUUGAAUAUCAAAGGAGCUCUAUUAUUGAUGGUACAAGGUUGUAUUCUGCAGCAUUGGAGUUCCUCAAGUUUAGGAUUUCAAUAAUUGUCCGCAGAUUGAAGAAAGAUUUCUGGCUUUCUGUAGCAUUUGAAGAUAACCAUUAUAAUGGAUUCACUCCAGACAAAGAGGCUCAAAUCCCAACUUGACAAAGAUUAGAUUUUGGAGUUAUAGAUCUUUAAUCAUCAGCACCUGCCCUCAUAUCUUGUGAGGAGCUCCAUUUUUUUUAGUUUUAUUUUGUAUAUGUUUUUACUAGCCCAAUUUACUCUGCAAAGCUAUACAUUUGAAUAGAAGAGGAUUGUCGGACAAAUGCACUCUUAGAAGAAAUUAAGAGAGGGUAUAGCUUUUUGAUCAUCAAACAAACUUUUCUUUUCACUCUGUUUACAAAGAAAUUUAUUUAAAUAUGUAGUAAAUCUUAUUGACUUUCAGUUGGACUUCGACAUUUGAGAACAAGAACAAAGUUAUUAUGUGGUGCGCCUCCUCUUGGACGGCUCCCUAAUAUAACUUCACUUUUUCCAGAACUGAAAUCUAACAUCCAUUUCUUU